AUGGUCUCCAGCAAGCUUCUAGGCAAUGGUUUGCAAAAUUAUCUCUUGCUCUCCUCGACUAUGGUUUUGUUCAAGGAAACUCAAAUUCUUCUUUGUUCAUCAAGAAAUCUGCAUGUUCCUUUAUUGCUCUAUGUAGAUGAUGUCCUUUUGGCCAGUGAUGAUCUUGUGAAAAUCCAGAAAUUGAAGUCCUUUUUACAUGAUAAAUUCACUAUCAAAGAUCUUGGCCAGCUCAAAUAUUUUCUCGGAUUAGAGGUUGCAAGGUCAAGAAAUGACAUCUCUUUAUGCCAAAGGAAGUACGCCCUUGACAUCCUGGAAGACACUGGUUUUCUUGGUUCUAAACUAGCUGCUUUCCCCAUGGAAUCAACUCUCUGA